UAUUGUUUAUUGCGCGGCCAUUUUUGAGUUGAGAAAUUUGGAGCUCGCUUGUGUCAGCGUUGCUCGUCAGCAAACACUAGAGCUGAUAACGACCAGGAAACACAACAAACAUGCGUCUUUGCCAAACUACGCGUUUGAAACACAUCUCCAUUGGAAAUGUAACGGUGUCUAGAGUUAAGGGAGGUAACAAAACAGCGAGUGCUGUAGGUUCAAGAUGUUUGUUGGGUCAGAAGUUUUCGUGCACAGGUGUGUCUGGACCGUGUUACCUGCAGAAAGUCAAGACAUAUAUGUGGAAUGGGUGUAAACCGCUGGUUUAUACGCCAAACAGAGCUUUUAGCACAUACAGAAAGCAUUUUAUUCGUGGCUUUUCAUCAAAAUACACAUAUGAAGACGCGUUCGGCCUGGCACGUGACAAACCCGAGGAGUUCUGGAGCGAAGCGGCAGAUGGGAUCACUUGGUUUGAGCGCUGGACUCAGACUCUGGAUCAGACGGAUACAGUGUUUCCAAAAUGGUUUGUUGGAGGAAAGCUGAACAUUUGUUAUAAUGCUGUCGAUCGGCAUGUGGAGAAUGGAAGAGGCGAUCAAGCAGCUGUCAUUUAUGACAGUCCGGUUACAGGCACUAAACAGGUCAUCACAUACAGAGAAGUGCAGGAGCAGGUGUCCAGGCUGGCGGGUGUUCUGGUGAGGCAUGGUGUGAAGACGGGUGACCUGGUGGUGAUCUAUAUGCCUAUGGUUCCUCAGGCCAUGUUCACAAUGCUGGCAUGUGCCCGUAUUGGUGCCACCCACAGCCUCAUAUUUGGAGGAUUUGCCUCCAAAGAGCUCUCCGUCCGCAUCGACCAUGCUAAGCCCAAGUUGCUGGUGACAGCAUCGUUUGGCAUCGAGCCAGGCAGAAGAGUGGAGUACAUUCCCCUGGUUGAGAAAGCUCUGGAGCUCAGCAGUCACAAACCACACAAAGUCCUCAUCUACAACCGUCCCAACAUGGAGAAGGUGUCUAUGAGUCCUGACCUGAGCUUGGACUGGGAGGAGGAGAUGGCCACUGCCUGCCCUCACGACUGUGUGUCUGUCCCCGCUCAUCACCCUCUGUACGUCCUCUACACCUCUGGCACUACUGGUACUCCUAAGGGGGUCGUCAGAGAUUCAGGAGGAUAUGCUGUGAUGUUAAACUGGACCAUGUCUAACAUUUACGGACUAGCUCCUGGUGAGGUCUGGUGGGCUGCGUCUGACCUUGGCUGGGUGGUUGGCCACUCGUAUAUCUGCUACGCUCCGCUUCUACAUGGCAACACCACUGUGCUCUACGAGGGCAAACCUGUGGGGACUCCGGACCCCGGGGCCUUUUUCCGUGUGAUGUCUGAGCAUGGGACAGCCUCCAUGUUUACCGCACCCACUGCUAUCAGAGCCAUUCGCCAACAAGACCCUCUGGCAGAACACGGGAAACAGUAUCCACUCAGCAGGCUGAGGAACUUGUUUGUAGCCGGAGAACGCUGUGAUAUAGAGACCCUCCAAUGGGCCAAGAGGAGUUUUGGUGUACCAGUGCUGGAUCACUGGUGGCAAACUGAAAGUGGCUCUUCCAUCACUGCGUCUUGUGUUGGUCUGGGCUGCUCACGCUCUCCUCCUGCUGGUACAGCCGGCAAAGCCGUGCCCGGAUAUAAUGUGACAGUGAUCGAUGAUGAAAUGCAACAGGUGAAACCAAGGACUCUGGGAAAUAUUGUGGUAAAGCUUCCUCUGCCUCCGGGGGCAGCUCUCAGUCUCUGGCAGAAUCAGACGCUGUUUAAGGAGCUGUACUUCACCAAGUUCCCUGGUUACUAUGACACCAUGGAUGCAGGUUUUGUGGAUGAGGAGGACUUCUUGUACAUCAUGUCUCGGUCCGAUGACGUCAUCAACGUGGCGGGUCACAGGCUGUCCACCGGUGCCCUCGAAGAGUCUGUCCUGCUGCACCCUGCUGUGGUGGACUGUGCUGUGGUGGGCCAGGAGGACCCUCUGAAGGGACACGUGCCGCUGGCUUUGUGUGUGCUCAGAAAUGACUGUCGAAAGCGUGAUGAUGUGCUGGUGAACGAGACGGUGAAAUUGGUGAGGGACACCAUUGGGCCAGUAGCAGCUUUUAAGAAGGUGGUCUUUGUCAAAGCUCUUCCCAAAACCCGCUCAGGAAAAAUUCCACGAUCGUCUCUUGCAAACCUGGUGAACCAGAAGCCUUAUAAGAUCAGUCCCACCAUAGAAGAUCCUGAGGUCUUUAAGGACAUUGAGAAGGUGUUGAGAGAAACUGUGAAAGCACCUGGUAAAUAAUAUACAACCAGAUGUGGAUCUGCGCAUUACACACACACACACACACACACACUCACUCACUCACUCACUCACUCUCGCUAAACACCCUUCCUCCCUAAUGUGAUGUUAUUCAUAUGCUUUAAAAUGAUCAUUUCCACUUGUUAAUGUUUUUGAAAAACUUAGACCAAAUAUAGGCAGUAGUCAACAUAUUUAGAUAACAAAAAAAUUAAGAGUUUGACUUUGUGAAUGUUUCGAAAAUUUCUAGUUCAUAUUUAUUUGACCCACCUGAUAUCCAAAUAAAAAAACAAGUAUAUACAUUUUUUGAAAGAAAAUCAAAUGAAGGAUGUUUUUAUAUUGUAUUUUAUAAUAGUUUUUGUACCCCGCCCCCCAUUCGUCAAAGCACCAACAAUUGUGCCAAUGUUUAAAUUUUAGAAUUUUAAAACAUUCUAUUGACAUUAUUAACAUUUUAUACUUGGACAGCUGAAGGAAUUUUUUUUUUUUUACUUGUAGACCUGUCACGAUUGUCGAUAAAUCAAUUAAUCGCAUGAUUUUAAAAAAUGAGCUCGAUAAUUUUCUUUUUUCAAUUUUUAUUUACAAAAUUUAACAUGUCAUGCUGUGGGGUUAGUCUGUGGACAGCCCGCGGUAGAAAACACCCUCUCCGAUGGCACAGAUGUCCCGGCAGUAAAGAGAUGUCUCGCUAUAGUGACCAGCUUUGGGAAGCGCUUUUUUAUUUGCUUCUGGAUGUUUGCAUCUCCAGUUAUAUUACAUUGUACUUGCACUACUGCUUUAUUUUAAUACCGCAUAGCAUAUUUUGCAAGUAUUUAUAUUUCAACAGUAUUUUUCAACUUUCUGUUGAAAUGGGCCUACUUAUCGUUCACUUCAUUUGGCUUGCUCAGCUAAAUAUGUCUGUAGGCGUGUGGUUGCGUGUCAAUGCGACCAGUGAGUUAACCCACACACACACAUAUGUAUGUAUGUAUAUGUAUGUAUGUAUAUAUGUAUAUGUGUGUGUGUAUAUAUAUAUAUAUAUAUAUAUAUAUAUAUAUAUAUAUAUAUAUAUAUAUAUAUAUAUAUAUAUAUAUAUAUAUAUAUAUAUAUUACCAUGCAACAAAACAACUUUUAACUGAUAGUUUUAGAGACCAUUCACAUAUCGCACCUAAAAACGCGUGGAAAAACCCUUGCUGUAACUCCUGCUACCAGAUUUAUUUACAAAAAAGUAAAAGAACUCGGCAGUGUUUUGGUGCACCCCAUUUUUCAAAAACAGUGGGGAAUUUCACCCCGAAGGAAGCUGAUUGAGUUGGUUCUUGACACAUGGCCUGCUAUGCUUGUGUCACUCUGAAAAGCUGAGAUGUUUUUAACUAGAUGUGGUGCAGACGGGCCUGGAAAAAAUGAGCAUGUUGCGACCGCGUCUCUUCCAUUAUGAGCGCGCAUACCACAUUUGAAAUAAUGAACUUGAGCGCCUAAAAGACGUGAUAUGUGAACGGCCCCUUCAUCGGUCAAAAUGUUUACUUUCGGUUAACGGUUAAAUGGUCAAUAUGAGAAUCCCUAACUGGCAAAUAAACACAAUAUAACAUAACAAACAUACAAAAUGAAUUAAUUUUAAGCCACACAAAGUCAACAUGUUAGUAUUUCUUGCUCGGAAUCUGCCAUAGAAUAAAAUAAAAGUUUAUUGAUCUUUGAAAAGGUAUACCUGCAUUAUUAUGCCAUUCUCAUUAUAUUAGUUGAAACUGGUCUUAGAGCAACAAUAUUAUCGUUUAUCGCGAACAAUUUAUCAUCCAGCAAAAUGUGUUAUCGUGACAGGCCUAAUUGUAUGUAGUCAUUGUAAAAAUGGGCUUCUUUGUUAUUUUCCUUCUUGUAACUCUUAAAAUAUAAGCUGCACACACUGUUGACAGUUUUUGAGAGAUUCGCAUUGCAACACUCUAAACUAUGAAUUAGUCAGUCAAUUGAUUGACUUGAGGUGAAAUGUCAUGUAUUGUAGCACUAGUGUAGAUGAAGGGAUGCAUUGGAAAAACAUUUGUGACAAUGAUUGUAAUAAAGCAAACCUAUUGGACUGUA